UCCGUUGUUCAUGUGGCUAACUUGCCUUGAUGCAGUCGUCGCUAGCUACACAAACAUGGCUCUGGUAUAUUAUCAGACUACAGAUCUUAAUGAUACGUAAAAAGGGAAAAAUGCGACCAUCAAUAAGAACCGUGCCAAGCGUAAAGCUGUAUAUGGAGAGUCGAUAUAUUGUGAAGCUGGUUAGCUCAGUGUAGCCUUUUGUGACCGUGUUUACACACAGCUAGGUUAGCUCUCUAGUUGGCUAAUAUAGGCUAGCAAAAUGGACCUUGGAACAAUGUUAUACAACAAUUUAAAAGAUGUUACAUGGAGCACGACGUCCCUGCCACUAGAUCAACUUGUCAGUGCUUAUAGACUGCCUCAGAUUGUCAAGCUGGACAACGGUCAGUUGGUUGAAGGGCUCAGAGACAAUGACUACCUCUUGAUUCAUUCCUGCCGUCAGUGGACGACUAUUACUGCUCACAGUCUAGAGGAGGGACACUAUGUCAUUGGGCCCAAAAUAGAGAUCCCAGUACACUAUGAAGGUCAGUUUAAGCUUCUGGAGCAGGACAGAGACGUUAAGGAACCUGUGCAGUACUUCAACAGUGUGGAGGAGGUGGCCAAAGCAUUCCCUGAGAGAGUCUACGUCAUGGAGGAAAUCACAUUCAAUGUUAAGAUGGCUUCAGGGGAAUGCAAUGAAGACACAGAAGUUUACAACAUUACACUAAGCACUGGCGAUGAACUGACAUUAAUGGGCCAGGCUGAGAUCCUCUAUGCGAAGACCUCCAAAGAAAAAUCCAGAUUCAACACUAUUUUUAAGAAGAUUGGGAAGCUCAACUCCAUCAGUAAGAUCGGUCGAGGCAAGAUGCCUUGUUUGAUCUGUAUGAACCAUCGGACCAACGAGAGCAUCAGCCUGCCUUUCCAGUGUAAAGGCAGGUUCAGCACGUGUAGUCCUCUGGAGCUUCAGAUGCAGGAUGGCGAGCACACCAUCAGGAACAUCGUGGAGAAAACACGUCUCCCAGUCAACGUCACAGUACCCAGCAGCCCACCCCGCAAUCAGCAUGACCUCCACCUGAUUCGGGAGGGUCAUCGCUAUAAAUUGGUCAACAUUCAGACGAAGACAGUGGUUGUGUGCUGCAUUCUGCGAAGCAACAAAAUCAUCCCCAUCCAUUUUCCGCUUCACAUGGCCAUGCCUAGAUUUAUUGUUCCAGAGGAACUGCUGCAAGGAGAGUUGUGGCUUGACACUAUGGUACAUCGCUGGUUCUCCUUCUGCCAGGAGCAGUUUGACAUAGACGACUAUUCUCGUGCCGUCCGGGAUGUGCGGACAGACUGGAACGACGAUGGAAAGAGCCCUAAGAAAAGCAGUGGGAAUGGUAGCUGUGGUGGAAGCAGCGGAGGCAGCAGCAGCUCCAACGGGUGUCCCAGCCACAUGCAGAUACCCAGCUCUUUGACUUACGCCCGGGAUGAACUCACCCAGUCCUUCCACCGACUCUCUGUGUGUGUGUACAGCAGCAACCUGCACGGUAACAGUGAGGUCAACCUGCAGGGCUGUAUGACACUGUGUGGAGACUGGGCUCUUCUGCCCUCUGACAGCAUUCCUUCAGACUCAGGAGAAAAUGAACACUUUUUCCCUGAGCUGCUGGACAGCACGAGCCAACAACCAUCCCUCAACAAGUCGGAUGUCCCCUAUGAGGAGCUGUGGUUGGAUCACUUGAGAGGUCAGAUCCCAAAACCCUCUUUAAGUGAGGGAAUCCGAGGCAUCAACAAUGGCUGCGGUACAACAGCAGCCCUGUCAUACCCGGUCACCUGUCCUCUUGGGGCAGUAACUAGUCCAGAUGUCUCUCUUACUCCACCACCUGUCCCACCCAAGUCUGAGGCUGUGAAGGAAGAAUGUCGCCUUUUGAACGCCCCGCCAAUCCCUCCACGGAGUUUGAAACAGAUGCCAUCGGUGCCCAUCCUGUCAAAGCCACGGCAGCAAGAGACUCGGUCUCCAAGUCCAACCCUCUCCUACUAUUCUUCUGGUCUCCACAACAUUGGAGCAUGUGAACAAGAAGUAGCUGACCCACAAGAGCAAAGCCAUGUGUGCUACCCCUGUAACUGGGGUAAAUCCAACAGCACUGAGCCAAAUGCUACUUUGCCCAGUGGUAGCCUGCCAUCAGAUGGAAUGUCCUCCAGGUUGUCUUGGCCAAAUAACUUCAGUGGAGGAGAAUCACACUGUAUGGAGGAAUUUCUACCAGCCAGCUGUCGGAGUUACUACAGUUACCCCAGAAAGAGAUCCCCGAGCACCCCGAAAACCUGUACAUCGAGCCUUGUUGACUUUGAUGGCCGAGAGCAUGCACACAGCAGUAAGGACUUCAGGUUGCAGAAUGCUUCUCUGAAUCAGUUCUGCACAAAAUCGUCGAGUUACAAUUCAGAAAUGUACAGAGACAAGCCGAUAGAAGAAUCUAACACUAAGCAGAGCCUCUCUUGCCCCAUCUUGCCCCCGAGAACGCCAAAAUCAAAUGCCAUAAAGAAGUGCACAGACUUACUGUUGGGGUCAGUCUGUGACAGUAAGCAGGAAACUUCAAAUUGUUCACUCACUCAACCUGAGCACAGCACCAAAGAGAUUUAUUCUAUCUCUAACUCAUUAACUCUCAACUGUCCACCCUUUUCUCCCACUGCGCAGUGGCAGCCCCCCUCCAGCCUGGCUGGCCUCUCUAUUGAAGAGGUGUCCAAAUCUCUGCGAUUUAUCGGCCUGCCAGAUGACAUUGUUUCUCUUUUUGUGUCUGAGAAGAUCGAUGGGAAUUUACUCCUGCAGCUCACUGAGGAGAUUUUGUCUGAGGACUUUAAGCUGAGCAAACUGCAGGUGAAGAAACUCAUGCAGUUCAUAAAUGGGUGGAGACCCAAGAUAUAACUAACAGUAUAUGACACUAAAGCCUGCUGUAAAGCAGAGAACGUCAUGCCUUCAGUAUAUAUGCUAUGCACACCAAGCCACAAAGAGUUUCUUUUGUAUAAUAUGAAUUUAUUUCCUUGUUACUACAUUGUGGAAAGAUAGUUGGGUAAUACUUCCCAGCUCACUUAAAGUUUGUGACUCCUACUUGCUAACUGAAUGGAAUCAUUUGGCACUUUGAUGAAGACAUUUUCAUGUCAACCACUUAGGACUUUUUCACCCACAGCCGACUAGUGUUCAUGUCACUACACAAACCAACAAAUUCAAAAGGAAAACACUGACGAGACGAGGACAGGAAAACAUUAGAUCUAAGAGACCUGCUUGAUGAGGACAUUGUGUGAUUCUGUUCUUAAAGGGGAAAAUCACAGCGUUUCUGCUGUUUCAAGGAUUUUUAAAAGAGCACAAACCAGAGAAUGGGCUGUAGUGUUUUCUGUUCGUGGAUACACAGCUGAAAAUGUGGCUGGGUUUGAUAACACCACUAAAAAGGAUGGUAAUUGAAUUUUCAAAAAAAACUUAAUGAUGAUGAGCUUACAUCUCAAGCACGACAUUCUAUAGAUAUGCAGUUAGUGACAUUUGAUGAAUGCUCUGCUUUUAGUUUUUGUAUGGGGUUUAUUCACACAUUGGUUUUCAUAAGGUCAGGAACAUGACAGAAAGUUACUGCGAGCAUAUUUCUAAACAUCAGAAAUCAACACAGGAAAAAUUGAAUUCACGACUGCUGAAUCAAGUCAAACGAACCAGCUGCUAACAGGUACUGACAUCUACUUGUGUUCUUUUAAAAAUCUACCCCUUUAAGCUCUUCUUAAACUCAAAGCUUCAUCUGCAUCAGUAAUAGUCAGUGAUGAGCCUGUGGUAUCAUACUGAUGUACUGUUCCUCAGAAAAUUAAUUGAAAAAAAUGACAUUGAGUAAGAAUCCUGCUUUAAGUGAUUUGUGUCAUUUAAUUUUUGAAGACAUGCAUGAGACAGAACAAGAAAAUGAGCUUGUGAUGUAAAUGGAGGAGCAGCUGUCUGUACAUCAGUCUGAUAUCACUGUAAAAAGUGUUGGUUUACGGCCUCAGUUUAGAAGAGAAACUGUUGCAUGCAUUUAAACAACUGGUCUUUGUGGGUGAUAAGAAACUGCUUCUGCAUUCUCUGUGUGAUGAUCUACACUACAGAACUAUUCUAGUGAGAGUGAGCCUCAUCAGAUGAUUGUCCUGGUCUGUCAAAAGAUGUGUUUGUCAGCUCUUCUUAUGCAAGGUCUUAUUUCUAUCUGAUGCCUUUUAAAUAUUAAGUUAGAUUUAGCUAUAUUACUACUUGCUUUAACCUAAAAAGUCUCCACUAGUGGUAACUGGGGGUUAUUUCUAACUGAAGAUGAAUGACUGAGGCCUAACAAAAUAAUGUCCCUACUCUAAAACUAACAUGGAAAUAACCAACAGAGGGAAUGGACCAUGCCAUUCUACAUCAAAUACAAAUUAUGCAUCAUGCACUUUGGUAGAUUUCAGUCUAAUUAACUGCAGUUAAGGUAAUUAAAUAUAAACCUAUAAAAGAAGAGUGUCUAUGUAGAGAGAGUGAAUGCACUACAUCCUUUUUCAAAACUAAAACGGUACGUCUACUUUGUUCUCAUUGUAUGUGUUGUAAGUGUCCUAAUGCAAGAAACAAGUAAAAGAGCUUUUUUGCGCCUUAACCCAGAGACCUUAAAAUACAUGAUAUUUCACUUUGGCUUAACAUUUUCAUUUUGCCAGUCUCAUGUCAUGAGGGAUAUACUCCAACACCUCAAUGUGAACUGAGGGAAUGGUGUUAAGUGUAUUUCCUCAGAGGCUUGUGAGCUAAAAUUGAAAAUGAUUUGCGAUAAUGAAAUAUUGUUUUAUAUUUAGUACCUUUUUUUUCUAUAGCCUUGAUUCAGAGUUGAAUUAUUUAUGCAGUUAUUUAACAUAACGCAAAAUAUGCAGAACAGUUAUUCUCCGAGCGUUCAUGUGGAAACAUCUAUAAAACCCAGGUCUGAUCUGCUGGCCAACAGCCGUCGUUUUUUUCCCCUGUCACUUUUUGCAGGUGGGGUGUUACAUAUUUUACUUGAUGUUUUCGUUUUGUAUGUAAAUGCAAAUUUAAUGUAAUUUUUUAAAGAAAAUGAUUACUAAUGUUGAAAUUAUUUUUAUUGAGAAAAAGCUUAUGUUCAAAUUUCUUUUUUUACUUGGGUUCUACUUUGGGUUUUUAUAAAUCCAUGCAUUAAAAUGACAGUUGGUCUUGAAGAAAAAAACCUGUCAGCCUCAGUCACACUACAUCGACAGUGACCAAAAACCAAUGUUAUUAAGCCAUGUGUCCAGGUAAUUUUCCAGAUCUCCCUCCCACUUUGUCACAGUAUCCAUAUGAGGAGUGGCAUGUGUCUCUUGACAAUGUAAUUAUAUGGCGGUUAAUGUCCUAUGCAAUAGCCGUGGCACUCGAAAGAGACCAUGGGAAGGAGCAACAAAGAAAGAGGCAGUGGAGUAUUAUGUGUGUUGAAAUUGCCACAGUGUUAAUUUCAGGAGAAAAUUGUGCAUGCCAAAGGAAUUCUUCCAAGUCAGUCAUUUUACUUGAAUAAUUAAUAAAUAUAAACUGUGAACACACAACGAUAAACAGCCCAGUCCCAUUAACAUACACCACCAUCCAGCAGUCAGUGCUAAAGGCUAACUGUCAGCUCGGGAUUGAGGCCUGGAGGAAUUAUUGCUGUUUAAAGGAGGGAAAUGACUGUGACACUGGGUUUGACAGUGUUUGGAAUAGUAUUGGUCAGCAUUACUGAAAUCUUGAGUUAUGAACAGUUAUCUUUCAACUUAACUCUUGUUUCCCUAUUUUUGAUUGUAUAAUCUAUUAAAAAUGGAUUAACUGA